CAAAAACAUCCAGCAUACCGAUCCCUCUCCCUCUCCCGCUCCCGAUCUCAAUCCCCCAAACCCCCGCCCUCCAACAAACCCUACAGUUCACGCACUCAAUGCUCCAAAUCCAAGUCUUCGUGCACCUGUUCCGCAUCGCCAUCUCGUUGGCGCUCCUGCCGCUCGAUAAUACCAUCUUGCUGGCGGCGUAUGCGUCGGAGUAUAUCCAUAUACCUUUGCCGGGGGCACCAACCACCAGUAUCAGCAGCGGCGGCGGUGGUGGUGGAACGCAUGCGGAUCGACGUCGUUGCGAUGGGAGUGGGAAUGGGGAGUUCAAGGCGCGGACGGUGCUGAUCACGGGGAUAAAUACGCCGCAUGGGUUGGCGUUGGCGAGACGGUGGUAUUGGGAGGGGUAUCGGGUUAUUGGGGUGGAUGUGGCGGGGAGUGGACAUGGAUAUGGGCAUGGAUAUGGGAAGGGGUUGGGGUUGGGGUUGGGUUUGGGGGUGAGGAGUGGAGGGGGCAAGUCGAGGGUGUUGGGGGGGUAUUAUCGCAUUCCUGCUCCGGCGUCUAGCACUGGUGCUGGUGCUGGGAGUGGGAGUGGGUAUGUGGCGCGGUUGGUGGAUGUGGUGCAGAGGGAGAAGGUGGAUGUCUGGAUACCCUGUUCUGAGUUUGGACUGGGGGUGGACCUGGGCCUGGAAGACGGGGCGGCGAAGAGAGUCAUUGAGGGGAGGACGGAGUGCAAGUGCGUGACGCUUGAUGGGGAGAUGGCGGGGGUGUUUGGGGACCGCGAGGAGUUUCUCGGCUGGUUGCGCGACAGAGGGCUGCCUGUUGUGGAGAGGCAUGAGGUUGUCUCUCGGGAUGCGAUUCAUAAGAUCUUGCAUCGGUCGCCUGGGAAGGUGUAUCGGGUUCGGAGGGGGAGUUUGGGGGUGGGAAUGAGCGAGGGGGAAGGGGAGGGGGUGAUGUUGCCGAAGAGGACGUUGAGUUUGACGUACUCGGAGGUGAGUGAGAUGCAGAUCUCGAGGGAGAAGCCGUGGGUGCUGGUGCAGCAGAGUCGGCUGGGAGCCUUCUUUGCUGAGCUGGUUGUGGUUUGUGGCGCCGUCAAGGCCAUGAAGGUGUAUCCGGAUCCGGAGGAUGAGAGGCACCGCGACAGUGCUGGUGGUGGUGGUGGUGGGGGUUGGGGGGUGUCACCGGUGGAUCGGGGCCUGGCGAGGGCGAUUCGCGCACUGGUGGACCGGUUUGCGGAGCGGGGAGGCCCGCGGAUGACGGGCCAUUUGCGGUUGAGGUUGCUGGUGGACGAGGAGAUCGGGGAGGGGUCGCUGCGCUAUGUGGUGCAGAUUGAUGGUGAAUGGGGGCCCGAGACAGAGCUGUCGUCCCUGGAGGCGGAGAUGUCGACGCCGCCGCCGCCUGACGACGAGUUUGGGCUGUAUCAGGUCGUGAGGAGGUCGGAUGUGAGGAGGGUGCUGCCGACACUGUAUCCGGUGGUGGAACAGCUGGACCACGCUCUUCACGAGGGCAGCAAGAUGCUGUUUUUCUGGAAGAACCGGCAGUUCUCACACCUCGAUCCGUUGCCUUGGUGGUGGCAGGCUCAUAUCUACCGGCCCCUGAGGGAGCUGGAGAUGAUAGUCAAUGCCGGACAGGUGAAGAGGGCAUGAUCAUGAUAGGUUUCGCAAGUGUCCUCGUAACACCACAGAGUACAGACAAGUACGGAGUAACUACUUACUUGCCUAUCCCCUGUAAGAUCGAUCGAUCAGAGAAAACCGC